AUGGAAUCCGGAAACGGUGAAGAAAUUUGGGAGGAAAAGUUUGCUACCUUUCUGCCAGAGGAUUUGGCUGAUGAACUAAUAAAGAUUGAAGCAUUUUCUAUCGAUAAAACAGGCAAACGUAUCAUAGCUGAACCUUUAAAUUGUGCACUUUCCGGAUUUGCAAACUUUUUAUGCGGCACAGAAAAAAUCGGUCCGAAACGGCUGAAAGAACUCGAUUGUGGCUUCUUUCGACACAGAGAUUUAUACAUCUUGAUCUUAAAGACGAUCAUCGUUAGGAUACCUGAUUUACAUGAAGAGGUGCAAUUUUGGAACAUGUAUUAUUUUUUGCGAUUUCUUCCUCUUCCAUCCAAAAAACUACAUACUGCUUUUUACGAAACAAAAGCCAAUAUUAUAAGUAGGCAUUGGAAAGUUGGAAAAGCAAAACGAUACUAUCAAGAAGCUUGGUUACUAUUAAUGAAGCAUAAGCUUCCCAAGCCCUUAUUGAAAAAGAUGGUACCAUAUUUGAGCGAACAUGUGAUCGAUUCAUUCAGAGAGCCAUUUCUUAUUGGCGAUUUCUUAUUCCGUAUUUUCAAAAUGGGCGAAGUUUUUGCAAUACUUUCUCUAAAUGGCAUUUUCAAAUUGGUUGUGAAAUAUAACUUCGAGUUUCCAGACUUUUAUCAAUGCGCUUAUGGGUUGGUAACACCAGCUGUAUGUUAUCUAAAUUAUCGAGAAAAGUUUUUCACGCUUCUCGAUACUUUUCUGUCAUCGUCACAUCUUCCGAUAUAUAUUGUCGCCGCUUUUGUAAAACGUUUGUCUUGGCUGACUCUUUUAGCACCCGUUUCAUGUCAGGAACCUCUAUGUGCUUUAAUAGGAAAUUUGAUAAUACGACACAAAGAUGUAGAAUUUCUGAUACACAGGGACAAUCCAGAAACUUUCUCUAAUGAUCCCUAUGACGAAAAACAAAUGGAUUUGCAAAAGUGUGGAGCUAUGGAAAGCUCACUAUGGGAAAUGAAGGCGUUACAACGGCAUUGGUUUAUAGAUGUAGCGAAAAGGGCAAAUUUUGUUGACAAAGGGAUGCAGAGGAUGGAGUCGUUUGUACGUUGGAAAAAUGACGACCAAUAUUUUGCGAAAUUAUUGUCCAGGAAAUUUGGAACUGACCUCUUGAAAUAUAAAGAAGAAGAAAAAUUCCGAAGAAACCAGGAACAAGAGUCUUCGGAUGACGGCUCGCAGGAAGAUGAUGACCAUCCAGUUAAAAAGCGAGCGAAACUACUUAGGAAUACGAAAGAUUGUGGCUACGCAAUUGCAAUUAAUGAUGCAGAACCACCAGUUCAACUUUUUGAUGAUGUUUUCAAGGCAGAGAGUUGUGAAAGUGGUUUGAGAAAAAAUUUGCAGUUCCAAUACUUCAUGCCAUCAGCUCGGUUGGUCCGGGUUCUUCCCUUGUUUGGAAGAAAUCCACUGAGUCACAGCGCAUUGUGCUUCUCCCAGAAUGCUUCAGAAAUUCCAACAGUUUCGGAAGAAUUAGCAUUAUGGAAGGUCGAAAAAAGCAAUCCAUUCAUCGAAAUCCCUCAAGCAUGGGUCACAACAUUGACCGAAAAAAAGGAAUCUCGAAUAGAUUUGAUCAGUUUACAUCCAAAUAUUUUCCGAACUACACCAAGGAUUGAUUUGCUGCAUCGUAAUAUCACUUGGCAAGAGAAUUAUCGAAAUUUAGCAAUUACGAAGCAACUAUCUAAGAAAGAAAUGCCCGGUGGUGGACAUAAGCCAUGGCCGCAGAAAAAAACUGGUCGUCAUCACGCCGGUUCAAUUAGAACUCCUCAUUUUCGUUUGGGCGGUUUUGCAAAUGGAAUACGUGGACCAAAGACAUGGUUCUAUAUAUUGCCCGAUGCGAUUAGAUUGGAAGGCUUGUGUGUGGCAGUGACUAUUAAACAUACGCAAAAUGACUUAGUGAUCGUUGAUGACUUCGCUAGCUUGCCCAGUGGUGAUGCUCAAUUUAUGCACGAUCUCGCGGAUUUUAGAAAUUGGGGUUAUUCAGUACUAUUUAUCAACGAUAGUUCAGAAGUACCUGAGAAUCUGGCAAAAGUAUGCGAUGAAAUACCGACAUUCAACGUUAUGCCAGUCUAUGGACUAAACUGUUUUAGUUUAGUAAAGCACGCUACUGUGGUAUUUUCUCUAGCAGCACUCCAGCUGUUCCAGUCGCGUAUACUUUUUCACAAAAAUCGAGCACAGACAUUACAGAGAAAAUAUCGUUAUAUUGAUUACAAAAGGACUAUUAUGAACGAAGCGGAAAAAGAAGUUGAUCCAGUCCAUGCACCAUUUAUCUAA